UCCAACGGUCAUGGCCAAAAAAGGGAAAAGAAAAAGAAACUCCAGAUUCAUGUAAAAGCUCACUGGAAAACUCAGAAUACUCCUACAGCUAUGGAAGAUAAUCUCAUGAAAAUGGCUCCCUGUGAAAGAUUGCGGGAAAUAAGAAGAGGCUCACUGAAAGUCCAAGCGAAAUGAAUACUGUAGUUUUAGUUAGUUCCAUCUCCAUCCCAAUAUUAAGAACAGUAGGUGGAGCUAUUUGAGGUCUGAAAGCCUUCAAGAUAUUUGAGGUCUAAAAUCCUUCAAGAUUGUGCAGUAAUUGGUUAGGACUCUGAGCGCCACUGUUCGUUCACCAAUCAGGGAGAGAACAGCAGAGGAAGAUCCUGCUGGCUGCGCACACGCCUGAAGCACAAAGCACAGAUGGAAGCUAACCAUCUCCCAGACUGUGAGGAAACGGAUUGGAAGACCUCGGAUCCGGCAGAUUUUUAAGGGCCAGUAAGGUGAUCCUGACUUCGGUGGUCAAGGACAGAAGUGGAAGAAAGUGACAAUGUGUCCUUCGCAACUGCACCGGGACUGCAAAAAGCUGGUCCUGCUGGGAGUUCUCCUGGGGGUUCUGUGGGAAACUGGGUGCACCCAAAUCCACUAUUCAGUUCCCGAGGAGCUGGAGAAAGGCUCCAGGGUGGGGAACAUCGCCGAAGAUCUCGGGCUGGAGCCCCGGGAACUGGAGGAGCGCGGAGUCCGCAUCGUCUCCAGAGGUAGGACGCAACUUUUUGAUCUGAAUCCGCGAAGCGGCAGCCUGGUCACCGCCGGCAGGUUAGACCGGGAGGAGCUCUGUUUGGGGGCCAUCAAGUGUCAACUAAAUUUGGAGAUUCUGAUGGAGGAUAAAGUGAAAAUAUACGGGGUAGCGGUAGAAGUGAGGGACAUUAAUGAUAAUGCUCCCAGUUUCCAGGAAGACGAAUUAGAAAUAAAAAUGAGUGAAAAUGCAGCCACUGGGAUGCGGUUCCCCCUUCCCCAUGCUUGGGAUCCGGAUAUAGGGAAGAAUUCACUCCAGAGCUACAAGCUCAGUGGUAAUACUCACUUCUCCCUGGAUGUGCAGAGCGGAGCGGAUGGCAAUAAGUACCCGGAAUUGGUGUUGGAACGCGCCCUGGACCGCGAAGAAAAGGCCAUUCACCACCUGGUUCUCACGGCCUCGGACUCUGGCGACCCAGUCCGCACUGGCACCGCGCGCAUCCGCGUGCUGGUUCUCGAUGCGAACGACAACGCGCCGGCGUUUGCUCAGUCCGAGUACCGCGUGAGCGUUCCGGAGAAUGUGGCCGUGGGCACUCAGCUGCUUCUGGUAAACGCCUCUGACCCUGACGAAGGAGCCAACGCGGAAGUGAUGUAUUCCUUCCGGUACGUGGACAACAAAGCGGCCCAAAUUUUCAAGCUAGAUGGUAAUUUAGGGACGAUUUCAACAAUAGGGGAGUUGAACCAUGAGGAAUCGGGAUUCUACGAGAUGGAAGUGCAAGCGAUGGAUAACGCAGGAUAUUCUGCACGAGCCAAAGUGCUGAUCACAGUUUUGGACGUGAAUGACAACGCCCCUGAAGUAGUAAUCACCUCUCUCUCCAGCUCCAUUCCUGAAAACUCUCCCAGAGGGACGUUAAUUGCCCUUUUAAAUGUAAAUGAUCAAGACUCUGGGGAAAAUGGACAAGUGAACUGUUUCAUCCAAGGGAAUCUGCCUUUUAAAUUAGAAAAGUCUUACGGAAAUUAUUACAGUUUAGUGACAGACACAGUCCUAGAUCGAGAACUGGUUUCUAGCUACAACAUCACCGUGACUGCCGCUGACAGAGGAAGUCCGCCCCUGUACACGGAAACUCACGUCACCCUGAAUGUGGCAGACACUAACGACAACCCGCCUUCCUUCUCUCAAGCCUCCUACUCUGCCUAUAUCCUAGAGAACAACCCCAGAGGAGCUUCCAUCAUCUCUGUGACCGCCCAGGACCCCGACUAUGGAGAAAAUGCCCAGGUCACUUACUCCCUGGCAGAGGACACCCUCCAGGGAGCUCCCCUGUCCUCGUACAUAUCCAUCAACUCCAACACUGGUGUCGUGUAUGCUCUGCGCUCCUUCGAUUACGAGCAAUUCCGAGACUUGGCGCUACAGGUAAUAGCACAUGACAGUGGGGACCCGUCACUCAGUAGCAACGCGUCGCUGAGCCUAUUCGUGCUGGACCAGAACGACAAUGCCCCAGAGAUCCUCUUCCCCGCCCUCCCCACUGAUGGCUCCACGGGUGUAGAGCUGGCACCCCGCUCUGCAGAGCCCGGCUACCUGGUGACCAAAGUGGUGGCGGUGGACAGAGACUCGGGCCAGAACGCCUGGCUGUCCUACCGCCUGCUCAAGGCCAGCGAGCCCGGGCUCUUCGCGGUGGGGCUGCACACGGGCGAGGUGCGCACAGCGCGGGCCCUGCUGGACAGAGACGCCCUCAAGCAGAGCCUGGUGGUGGCGGUCCAGGACCACGGCCAGCCCCCCCUCUCGGCCACCGUCACGCUCACCGUGGCCGUGGCGGACAGCUUCCCAGAUGUGCUGGCCGACUUGGACAGCAUCGAAUCUUCCACUGACCGGGACAACUCCAGCCUCACGCUGUACCUGGUGGUGGCGGUGGCGGCGGUCUCCUGUGUCUUCCUGGCCUUUGUCAUCGUGCUGCUGGCGCUCAGGCUGAGGCGCUGGCACCUGUCGCGUGUGCUCCAGGCCUCAGGAGGCGGACUGGGUGGCGUGCCCGCCUCCCACUUGGUGGGCGUGGACGGGGUGCGGGCUUUCCUGCAGACCUAUUCCCACGAGGUGUCGCUCACCGCGGACUCGCGGGGGAGCCACGUGAUCUUCCCGCAGCCCAACUAUGCGGACACACUCAUCAGCCAGGAGAGCUGUGGGAAAAGCGAGCCUCUUUUGCUUUCAGGCGAUUUGGUGUGUUCUAAAGAUAACCAUGCAUCAGUUCAGCAAGCCCCGCCCAACACGGACUGGCGUUUCUCUCAGGCCCAGAGACCCGGCACCAGCGGCUCCCAGAAUGGCGAUGAAACUGGCACCUGGCCCAACAACCAGUUUGACACGGAGAUGCUGCAAGCCAUGAUCUUGGCCUCUGCCAGCGAAGCCGCUGACGGGAGCUCCACCCUGGGAGGGGGUGCCGGCACCAUGGGCUUGAGUGCCCGCUACGGGCCCCAGUUCACCCUGCAGCACGUGCCCGACUACCGCCAGAACGUCUACGUCCCGGGCAGCAACGCCACUCUGACCAACGCGGCUGCCAAGCGAGACGCCAGGGCCCCGGCGGGCGGCAACGGCAACAAGAAGAAGUCGGGCAAGAAGGAGAAGAAGUAAGGCGGAGGCCAGGCCGGAGCCACAGGGCAGCCCCCUGCCUGCCAGCCAGCCCAGCCUCUCCCUCCCUGCGCCCAGGCCUGGGAUUUUCAGGGCUCACCCCCAGGAUGCUGGUAGGGGCCCAGGCCAUGCUCCCCUUGGGAAAGAAACAAGUGCCCAGUCAACACCCCCUUCUCUGCCCCCAGGGGAUCGAAUAUGCAAAGGGAGUUCUGCUGAGAACCCCCAUCCAGUCGAUUGCUGUGCCCAUGGGGGUAGCGGGCUAGUGUAGACACCAUUUAUCACAUGCCCUGUAGUGACGGCUGAACCCCAUCUUCCAAAUUGAAUCAGGCCCAUCCAUUCUCUGCCUCCCACUCCCCCUGCCCCGGCCCCACCCCCACCCCCACCCCCCUUCUCUUCACCUGCUCUAUUUUCCUGAGGAAGGGGCUGGGGUAUUGAGGUACCUGGCGGCCUAAAAGGCUCCUGGUUCUGAAGAGCCAGAAGGGCGUCGUGACCUCUCGGCCUCUCCACCUUCCCCCAAAGCAUGGGCUGAUGCCACAGCCCCUUCGCCUCCUUCCAGAACCUGAAACCAAGCUCAUGUUUUGGGAGACAUGGUCGCCACUCCUGUGGUACUGAUGCUUGCUGGAUUUAGGGAGGGCAUCUGCUCCCAUGCCUCUUCCCACAGCCUGGGGACCAGUUUUUGUCUUUCGCUGUUGGAUGUUCCCACUGCAUGCUGUGACCUCCCCUCCCCAACAAGAGACUCCAUUGCAUGUUCUAAGUGCGGGGUGGGAAGAUAGAGGAGGCGGGGCGUGCAAGCGGAUGAGGGGAUGGGCAAAGCCUAACCCAGCAGUUAGCAGCGUCUUGCAGGAGGCUCUGUAUACCCACCCCCAGGGUACUAACCAGACCCCCCAUUCCAGCCUGAAGCCAGGCACCAGGCUGGACCCUCAUCUGCGGUAAACCAGGCAGCCAGCUUUGGGCUGAGCCACCAGCACCCGUGGUUGAAAGUGGCAUUAUGGAAGGUCCAGGGAAGCUCUGAGCAGGUUUGGGACCAGGGCCCCUGGAGAGGUCAGAGGGGCCUCUGUGGGUGCUGGGUGCUCCAGAGGUGCUGCUGGUGGAAGGAUCGGUGCGGUCCCAGCAGGAAGGGAGGGCCGGCGAGGCCCUUUUUGGUCCCUGGCUGGAGGAGGCAAGGAGCUAGAGCAGGGACCAGGUGGACAAAAAGCGCUCGCCGGGGAUCAGGGCUUCGCCACAGGCCACCCCCCCCCCCCUUGCGUCCGCAGCCCCAGUCCUUCCCCGCCCAGGUGCCAUUUCUUCUCUGCGAAGGCCUCUGCCCAGGCCCCCAGUCCGCCCCUCGUGGCCAGAGCCCAGUUCAAGCCCCCCAGUGCCUCCUUGUGCAUAGACCCUCCGCCCGCCCCCGGCCCGCACAGUAGGUAGAGCCCCUUCCCUCGUUCGGCUGGUGUACAGUAGCCACUAGUGUAGUGCGGCGUGCUUCCCUGGGACGGCGAGCGGGCCGCGGGCGGCCGGCCCCGCGCCGCCGCCGGUCCCCGAAUCUGCCCGCAGCGGCCCGUGCUGUGUUUCGUGCUGUGUCCUCGCGCUGCGGCCACCCCCUCCCGCGUACUGACUCCUAUAAGCGCUUCUCUUGCAUAGUCACGUAGCCCCCCACUCCCUUCCCAAGUCUCACGCAAGUUUUAUACUCUAAUAUUUAUAUGGCUUUUUUUUCUUUGAAAAAAAAUUAAACGGUUUCUUCUGAAA